AUGUAUAUCACUUCACUUGAACCGCGUUCUUCCAUAGUAACUCAGAAGACGGAAGUCUCGGCAGCAGUGGUGGAUGCUCCGCUGGAACUAUGGUGUCGGCUUCGUCGGAGAAGCAGCCAAGGAAGCCGCGGAGAAAGCUCAAAAAGAUCUCUGGACAUCGAGAAUUCUGACACACCGCCGCGUCCACCGGUGUUGGAGAAUUGGAGUCCCCGCAAGAAUAGGACAUCAAACCGUGGCGGUGGCGCAGCUAGUCCAGUUUCUGUCGGUGAGGUUCAAGAUUCAUCAUCUAGACUGGACUGUUGCUCUGUUUUUUGGCUCGAAGUAGACUGGACUAAUACAGAAGCUCAAGCAGUGCUACAAUUAGAGAUGGGUUCUAAAUCUUUGAGUGGAUGA